UCGGUAAGAUUCGUUCUCGAUCUCGUACUACAGUGGCGCCGUUCCAACGACGGGACCGUGCGAAAUGUUUUGAGCAACCAGGAAUUAACGUCUUAGUCUCUCGGAAACAGAUGUUCUGUGUAACAAGAUACAUUCAGGAUGGUGCCCCUCACCUUCCGAGUGAGUUAUAACCCCCGUCAAGAGAAUGAAGUGGUCUGUAUCACAGGAAGUGUGCAAUCAUUGGGGUCAUGGUCUCCACUUUCAUUGAAAUCAAUGACCAAAGAUCAAUCAGGAUCAAGAUGGUCAUGCAGUAUAGAAGCAGCAGAAGGAUCAGUCAUUGAAUACCGCUAUGCCGUCUGUAAAUUCAUACACUCGUCAACUCCUCAAAUUCUCCAGUGGGAAACCAGUCCAUCUCCACGUCGAUUCACUGUCUCAGAUAUACCUUGCAGUACAGAUUUGGAAACCUUUGGAAAGUUUGGAAAUUGCAGUGUACAGAGAGGCCCUUUACUUGCCACCAGAGAAAUCCACCUGAUGUUUGAGAAGACCAACCUCACCAGUUUGGUGUCCAGUCUGCAUUCCAAUCUUUGCCGUCUUGGUAUAAAAGCCAUAGAUGUCACAGACUCCAAGUUUGACAUUCCUGUUCUUGUGCAUAAUCUAUGUGCAGAUGAUAUUGAGCCAAGACCUCAGAGUGAUCAUGGAGAGAUGUUGGAAACGAGCUCAGACGUACUUCUUUUCACAACACAAGGUUUACCAGCGAACCAUGAAGUGAUAUUCAUCAUUAAGCUAAUGCAAGAAGGGGGUGCCCUGCCUGCCCAAAGUGAGAGUCCCAAACGGUUAAAGGGAGAUAUCAGCGUUCUUGCAGAAUGUGGCAUUAUGAGCACUACUCUGAUCAACAGCGUCGGGAAGGUCCCUCUCUACUUCUUUGAUGAUGCCGGUGUCUCCCUGGGUCAUGCGAUGGUACCCUAUGCAGUGAUUGAGCCAAUGAGGAACCUGGAAGCACAUAGCUUAGAAGUAUCUUAUACCACACACUGGAAGAGAAGGAAGAAGGCACUGAACAUCGGCCAUAGAGGAAUGGGAAGAUCACUCAAAGACCACUCCCUUAUUACAGAUCCUAACGCAGACCAACUGGUAUCUAUUCCUGAGAACACAAUAUAUUCCCUCAAAGAAGCUGCAGACCAUGGAGCUGAUUUUGUUGAGUUUGAUGUCCACGUUACCAAGGAUGGUUUCCCUGUCCUCUUCCAUGAUUUCCAAUUCUCAUUGUGCAUGCGAGAGCCUGGGAGUUCAAAGAAUACCCAUAUCGCCAAGCUUGCCAUCAAGGAUAUGACGCUUGAUCAACUAGCUGUAAUCAGAAAACUGGCUGUUGGAAAAGGGACAACAGAUUUUCUUUGUGAAACUACGACAUCAAUUGAAGAAGAUGCUCUGGCGUUUGGUGAACUGCAGAAGGCCUUGCAGACUGUUCCAGUACACUGUGGUUUUGACAUAGAAAUCAAGUAUCCAAUGAUCUGUGAGAACUCUGGUCCUGAAUACGAUGGGAUCCCUAUGGAUAUGAAUGAAUCGCUGGAUGCCAUCUUGGGGGUGGUCCUCAAGUACGGCGGACAGAGAAGGAUCUUCUUCUCGGCCUUCAAUCCAGACGUCUGCGCAAUGAUUCGACUGAAGCAGUCCAAGUAUCCUGUCAUGUUAUGUAACUUUGGUCGGACCGCCCUCUAUGAGUCCUACAAUGACCCGAGGAGCGUGUGUGUGGAGAACUCUAUCCUGACAUCACGUGCCUAUCAGAUCUUGGGACUUUGUGGUCACUGUGAGGACUACAUCAAAGAUCCAAGUCUGGUGAAGUCUUGCCACUCAAAUAAUUUGACCCUGAUGUGCUGGGGAGAAGGCACAGUAGAUCCCAUCAUCAGACAGAAGCUCUCUGAUAUUGGUGUAGAUGGUGUCAUUCAUGACAGAAUGGCCAGCUAUGCUUCUGGAACCAAGAACACCUUUGAAUCCAAGAAACACCUCAAGAAUGGACAAACAUAGCAUCUACACCGAGCCCUGUACCAUAAAACUGGUUAUCAAUAACUAAUUCAAUUUUGGCCAAUCAAAUUGCAGGAUUUCAGUAGCUUAUUGCAGUACAGUGAAACUUGUCAUGUAUAAAUGUUUUAUGAAAUGGGGCCCCGGUCAAGAUGAAUCCUGUAUUAUAUCCCUCAUGUUUAGAAUAUGUGAGGUCUAUGAAUACCUGGUUUUAGAAUGUACAAAUUAAUUAACAAAAAACCUAUGCAAUAGUUAGGCAGACUGGCCCAAUUCAUUCAUUUUAUGGUAGAUAUUUUUGCAGUUGUGUUACAUUUAGAGACUUUGUGACUGAUCUACCGAAAUAUGUUUCAUAUUAAUAUUUCAAUCACAUUACAUUGUGAUUUAUGAUGAAAAGUGAAAUUCAAUUCAAUUCGGUUUAUUAGAUAUAAAACAGAAUACAAUGCUGUAGUCCAAAGACUAAUUGUGCAAAGUUUACAUUGAAUAUUAUUUACAUUUGAAGAUUGUAUAUAUAUAUUUUUUAAAAAAAUUCACAUAUAAAUGAGAAACAGUUGGUUGAUUGAGUCAUGCAUAAGUGAGAUUUCAGUAGAUAUGAAUUUUAUGAAUGUCUUGAAAUGUUUAAGACUGUUGUAACCUUUAAUGUGCCUCAUAUGUGAUAUUUCACAGAUCCAGAAUUUCAUUGAAAAGUCUUAACAUCAGUAAUAACUUUCCACUGAGUAAUGAAGCUGGAAGACAAAAGUAUUUGUUUCACGUUUAUUAGAUUUAUUAGCAUUUCUUUGGGCUCCUAAACGUAAGUUUGGCAACAAUAAUAAAUACGAUGCGUCCCGCAAGAAGGAAACCCAUUUCCAAAAAUAGAUUUCACAAUAAGCCAGUUCACGGAUAGCUCAUGAUCAACUUUUCUCAAAUGACCUUUGUGAUUUUUCAUUAGGAUAAGCACUAUCAUUGUAAAAUGUAGAUGUUGCGCAAGCUUUAAACCUUGGUCACAUUUUCUCUACAGCGGACAUGGGAAUCCCGGUUUCCUUUUUUCUGGGACAUGGGACUCCCAAUUUUCUUUUUAUGGGAUCUGCUGUAUAACCCUGUUAUCAAAGUGUGAACACAUACCACAUACAUAGAAUAUCAAAUUAUUUAGGUGAAGAUACCUUUCUGACCAUAUAUAAUAAUUAUGUAUUCAUGAAAUAUUUCUUUUCUUAAGUUUGGGAUUUGAGAGGUGUCAAGUUUUUUGUUACUCACACUUGGGUCUUUCCUCAUCGUUAAAUAAUGAAAAGAUGAAAUGAAAUGAUGAAAAGAACUAUUGCAGUAAUCAUUCCCAGUCGGUUAUUAAUGAUCUGAGUGUCAAAUGAGCUGACAAAUUGAACUCGUAAUGUCGAAGAUAUCACAAUUGGCUAUCCAUAGUCGAACCGCAACUUCAAACUAGAGUUUGAUCCAGGACAUGGGCCAACUGUUUGGUCCAUUUACAGGAAAUCAGGACAUUUUCCCAUUCUUACAUGGAUGUAGCAAAACCAGUGCAAUUUUAAAAUCUAAUUCAAUAUUUUCUGUCACACUAAAGACUUCUGGACUGUUUUGAAAUACAUUUCUUUCCAUUCUAUGGUUACUAUUUUUUACAAAAAAAAAUUACUUAACUUUUAAAUCCAAGUCAACCCCAAAAUCUUACUUGAAUUCUUCCUCUCCUUUUCUCUCCUUUCUACUUCUUCAAUCUCAUCUCUCAUAUUUAUUUCCACCUCAAUUUCUAGAAGUACAAUUUAAGGCUUAUUAAGAUAUUAAUUUGAUUAAGCUGAAGGGAUCACUGAUUUGAACAGUGUUACGUCAUUUUGUCUUUUUUACGGGUAAUGGAUUGUUGUUUAAUUCUGAAACAUUUUAUUACAACAUAUAAACUACUGGUCAUGAUUCUUUGACUCACUAUUGCCAUAUUCGUUGGUUUUGAUGGAGAGUGGUUGGUUGGGAAGUUGUGACUGAAAGUGUAACCAUGCAAUAUUGACUUAAACUUUGCCAGUUCGGUUUUUCUGCCCUUAUUUCAAUUUAUCGAAUUAUAUUCACCUGUACUUUUGGUAUCACUAUGUUGUUUUAAUGUUAAUGCAUUUAAGAACAUUUUUUCUUUGUAAUUGGUUUUAUUUUGAUUAAUGCAUGUUAAAUACUUAUUUUAUUUGUCAUAUUUUAUGCUUUUGGUUGUGAGCUCACAUUGUUGAUCUUCAGACUCUUUGAUGGGUAUAUUUUGAUAAAACUGAAUUGAAUUUGAAUAUAAAGAAAUAAACAAUUUGGCUUUCAGUGUUAAUCAACUGAAUACAAAAAGGCAAACCCAUCCCACACAUAAACAAUUGAUACAGGAAAUGAGAUUUAACACUCUCCAUGCUGCUGCAGCUAAUUCUGCUAGUCCUAAUAAAAACUGAAAUGUUAAUCUGAAAUAA